AUGCACGACACUCCCAACAAAUGCAAGACUAGCAGUUUGGAUGCUAGCGCUGACGUGUCCCAGAAGCUCCAGGUAGCUGUUGUUGGUGGUGGCAUAGCGGGUCUUAGUGUUGCAAUCUCCCUGUUGCAGCACCCGGGAGUCAAUGUUCAAAUCUACGAGCGAACCAAGGUCUUCCGAGAGAUUGGGGCUAGCAUUAGCCUGGGCCCCAAUGGGCUCCGGACAUUGGAGAAGCUCGGUGUUGAGAAUGCGCUCGAUGGCAGCGUGUGCUCACGGCAGAUAUCCGACUAUCCAAUGAUAUAUCGGCAUUGGCGGACCGGAGAGGUGAUGGCUCGUGACAUCCACAAGACCGUUAAGACCAAAAAGCAUUUCACGGCGCGGUUCCAUCGUGCACACCUCCAUCAAGCUUUGUUGGAACAUGUGCCCUCGCAAAUUGUCCACAUGGGUAAGAAGACCAUCAGCAUUCUUGCUGAUCGCGAGGAGGGAGUGACAUUGACCUUUGAGGACCAUACCACUGCCAAGGCGGAUAUCUGCAUUGGUGCUGAUGGAAUACACUCGAAUGUCCGCAAAAUAUUUGUGCCAGAUCACACGCUUCGCCGCACUGGUUGGACAGCAAUGCGCUCUGUCUUUGACGCUUCACUGGUGAAAGACAUUAACUUUCCCGAAGAUGCCUCCCACUGGAUUGGUCCCGACCGAAGCUUCUUUCAUUCAAAUAUCGGCAAGGGGAUGUUCACCGUAGUAGGGGGGCUUCAUACCGACCCAAGUGAUCCAUCGGACAAAACGGAAUGGGAUGAUGAAUAUAACCUGGAUACAUUCCGGGAACUCUACAAGGACUGGCAUCCCGCUGUCCGCUCGCUGAUCAAGGCGACACCCUACACACGACUGUAUCCCAACAUGGCUGGACGUCCACUCGACACAUGGACUUUUUCUCAGCGUGUAACUCUGGCCGGGGAUGCAGCCCACACACAUGGGGGUGCCUUUGCCGCCGGAGGGUCACUCGCGAUUGAUGAUGCAUAUGCACUGUUUCUCGCCCUCAACCACGUCUGGCCUGCAGCCGUUGCAAAAUCGAGGAAGCCCACGAUCGAACAGCUCGCCGAGGUUUUCCGCCUCUACGAGGCUACUCGGAAGCCACACAUCGAUAAGAUUCUUGGUGCAGUGCAUCUGCAGGUCAUUGGUCAGAAGCCCAAGACGGAAAACUUGGAGGGUGGAAAUACAGAAACGGAUGAGAUGCUGGAAGAGAGAGUCCGUAAUCGGCCUGACCCAUCAUGGAUCAGCGAACAUGAUGUGGAGAGUGCCUUUCAAAUGGCCCUUGGCGCAGCGGACUUGGGCCUGAUCAAGAUUCCCUCCAAAUUAGCCUAA